AUGGUCAUCGAGACUGACUUUACGUCUGUACAUUCCUCGUCUCUAUGGAGCCCACGCUUGCAUGUUGGUAGUAUGCUCUUCCUCAAUCUUGCCUUAGGUUUUACUGAAGGAUGUCUGGCAAUUGAACAUCGUCCUAUCCCACUGCGGUUUGCAUUACGCUUUGCUGCCGCUAACGUAUUGCCUAGUAUCGUAUGGAGCUCCGUCUCAGCGCGUCACGUGGCUAGAGCAUCCUGCAUUCCAUUAUCUACUCUAAUAACCAAUGGAAAAGUUGCAGAUACUCUGUCUGUAUCCAUUGCAAAACGUCUCGUACUUGUGAAGUCAGUGCGGGCAAUGCGCAUGGCAGUGGGAAGUUAUGGAUUUGCAUGGGCUCUAUGGCGCGGAUGGCAUGAAGAGACAGGUUUUCUAGAUAGUAAUAAUGAUAAAAUGGAGGUCGGGAACCUUACCGAGAGGGUGGUACGUCUUGCGCCUGUACACUCGCCGUUAUCUCGUGUUUCAAGCCGUCAACACGCCAACCAUGUAAUUAUAAUGCCAAUUAUGACUAACAAGAGGUGGACAUGGCAGAGUGGGAAGAACAAGGCACUGGACUGGAAGAAUAUGGGAAUUAAUGUCAAGUUAGACGGUAAACAAGAUGAGAAGGAAAGAAUGAAGGUGAUUGAGGUGGAAAUCAAUGAUAUUGAGACGACAGUCGCUCGGACGCAGGAAUUGCAAACGCAGGCAUUGAAAAGUGAAAAUUCCGUCUUAUGUUCGGUAGCAGUACUACCUCCUUCUGGACCAGUGCUAUCAACAUCAAUGAUGGAUACGUUUGACGUGUGCUUCAAUCCGUUGUCAGCCGUACUGACGUUUAUUGCGUCAAUUUGUUAUGAUCGGGGCGAGAACCAUGUGAUUUUAGUACUAGACGAAGACGAAGACGGUGAAGCUGCUGGCAGUUUGGAUGCAAAAAACAUGUCAACGCAACAUUUAUCACCGUCGCAAUUGGUGACUGGACUGCUGUAUCGUUACGGGAUUACGACGAGUGUCGUGAAGACUCGAGAGAAGGAAUUGAGUGAUGAGUUUGUUGAUAAUGAAGCAACAGUACAUCAGGUGGAUGAUACCAAUUCUGGAGUUGUAUUCUUUCUCGCUGAAAAUCUCGAUGCUGGGCGUACAAUUGCAAAAAAGUUGACUGAACGAGGUAUUGUCAUGCAAGAAAAGGCAUGCUUUAUUAUUGAAGAAACUUUGUGUAGUCAGAGCACAAUACGUGAAAAGAAUCAAGCUCAAUCUGCGCUGCUAGAGAAAGCAAACGUGACCGAAAUGGACGAGGAUCUAGAAGCGGAACGAAAUGACACACUGGAAUUGGCCAAGUACUUUUCCAUCGCAGAUGUGAGUGAUCAAACACUACAAGGAAUUCGCAAGUUGCUACGGCAAGGGAUAACGCCUGACAUUAUCCAAGCAGCGUUAUAUCGUGCUUACGGAACACAGCGUGUGGUAGCACCAAAGCGUCUAGACCAGUAUUCCAACUUGGACCUUUAG